AUGAAUUACUCGCGCACUCCUGCCGCUCUGAGCACAAAAAGAGCGAAAAACAAAAAAGAAACAAUAAUUGAACACAUCCAGCUCAUAAAAGAAAAAAAAGAGAGCAGCGAAGAAUGUGCACAGCUUAUUAAAAAGCUCUGUCCCCAUGUGAAUGCGAACAAAUACUUAAAGGACACUCCUAGGAGAUGCGAAGAGAGUGAAAAAGAUAGCGGUAAUACAUCAGAAAAAGAAAACUCUGCCAGUUCUAUAAAAGAUAGAAAAUGCCCAGUUUAUCUUGCAGUUAUUGAAGAGAGCAUUUUAUAUGCCGAUGUGCUAUCCCGCGAGAGACUAGAAGAAAUAGUGCACGCAGUUCGCGAAGAGGUCUCUAUGGCCGACUUAGUGCACAUCCACAGUACGCUCUCUAACGCUUUGGUCUCUUCUAGGCGCUACAGCUACUCAGCAGAGUACGACAGAUGGCUUGUCUUAUCAGCUAUAAAAAUAACGGAAAUAUCAAAAAAUGAAGAGCACGCGAUGGAGUACUUCCCUGCAAUAGUGGAGAGAAUAAAAGAAAGCACAGACGGGUUCAGAGACAGAGGCAUCAUUCUCAGCGACUAUCUCACACAGUCUGAGCUGCUGCACCAGUCAUCUGAGUCUGCGUACUUCUAUAAUGAUAUUCCCUCCAGACCCACAGUAGAAGAGGAAAAUGACAGCUUAGAUGAGGAGAUGGAUAUCUCCCAAAUAACUACGCUUGCAGAGUUCUACACAAUUGUAAAAGAAAGAACAUUCAGCGCAGAGCCAGAAGAGAAGAUAAAAUGCACAGUCCUGCAGCUGCCAAGUUUGAUUUUGAAAGAACCUGUACGGAAUGUAAAAAGAUACAGUUUAGAAAUAAUGGAAAUACUUGUGUCAAUUGGAACUGCAGAAGCUGCAGACUCUGUGUGCUGCUUGCUCCUGGUGGAAGAUGUAGCCUAUGAUGUAUUCCACGCCGUCUACAACAGAAACAAACACUCUUUCCGCUUUCGAAAUAUUCUUGUCGCAUGUCUUACGAAGAUAUCAAGCACCCUGCGAAAAGACGUAUCUCAGCGGAUUCUCAGCAGAUAUCUUGGCCACGAGGAACACUCCGAAGAGGACAGAAAGCUGGGCAUAGAUGUUCUGAAAAAGUGUCUUCUACAAUACCACGGAUAA